UGUUCUUGUUUGAAGAAUUAGGCUCGCGUUGAUGGAUAGGGUUAGAUUUCGCUCGGUUCUGGUUUGCGAUAUAGACAUGGCACAAACUUCGAUUGAAAACCCCAGCCGGGUGGAACUGUUUGAUUUCUUAUUAGAUGGUGUGGAUUGGUGGCAUAUAAGACCCAUCUUUGAUCUGGAUGAUCGAGACUGUGUGCAAAUGGAAACGAGACUUGGGUAUAAAUAAUUCUUUCAAGUAUAUCUAUAUUAGCACUAGCCAGAACUGCUUAUCUUUUGUGCACCACUAGGCAAAACGAGGAGCAUAUGUCGUCUUUCUAGUCAUCCCAUGUUCUGAACUUGUGCAUUUGUUUUGCGGGGAGUCCUGGAGAUGAACAUGGUUUCUGAAGAUUAGCACUUUCCCAUGGCCCAACAUGGUUCCUUCCUGCUUUGUGUGGUUUUUACUUUAUGUUGCUGCAUGAUUGUAGUUCUGUAAAUUUCCCUAAUGAAACCUGUGCCCAUAUUUGCACAUGUGUAGAACAAGUUCCUUGGUAUACAAGAGUGUAUGCGGUUAGUUAUGGUUAUUGCUUAGAUGUGAACAAGAGCAACACUAUAUGUUUAUCUGUAGUUUUAGCAAACUAUCUGCCUCUAUUCUGCAUAUUUUCACCAGCUCAUAUUUCUAAUCUUCUGGCCUUGAAUUUAUUAUGUUUUGCAGAGAGUUUGUCAUCAUGCUCAGCCCCAGAGAACUGUUGGUUACCUCUAUAUCCAAACACCUUGCUGUGUCCAAUCUCCAAGGCUGGGCAGACCUCCCAGAUGACCUGCUACACUCAAUUGUUGCUAUCUUGGGCUCCUCCGUUGACCUUCUUGCCUUUGCUGCCACCUGCCGCCCUUGGCGUGCCGCUUUCUUCUCAUACCCAUCCAAAUCUACCUUCUGCUUCUCAAACCCCCCUUUCCUCAUCCGACAAAACCCCUGCAUCCAACCUGCUAGCAAUGGUCGUGCCAAGCCACAUAGAUUAAUCUUUGUUGAUCCAUCCAACCCAAGCACCAACUAUCGCUGCCAGAUACGUGAAGAAAUUCUGCAGAGCAAAUUUUAUUUUGCUGGUUCUUCCUAUGGUCAGCUCAUCCUCUUCCAGCACAUACAUUGUCUUGUUGUUGAUGCAUUUAGUGGUGCAGAAGUUUCACCUCCAUGUCUCCCUGAGUUGAACCACGAUUUCUUUCAGUCGUACUAUUGUAGCACUCUGACUGCUCCCCUUGCAUCACCCAGCUCACGCCUCCUUGUCAGCACAAAAUCCUCCCUAUUUGACUGGCCAGUUGGAAGUGACUCUUGGUCUGAACUCAAGCUUUCCAAUGUGCAAGUACAGCAGAUUGUGGAAUUAAAUGGUCAGUUCAUUGCCAUGGAUGAUCAUAUGAAGAUCUACAUUUUGCAGUUGGCACCCCAGCUUGGCCUGCAAGAACUACCAAUAGAGUGGUGCGGCGGCAAGAUCCCAAGCAUGCAUUCGAAACCAUUUCUUGUGGUCUGUAGCGAUAUGCUUCUGAUGGUUUGCUAUUCUCUAUUAAGCUCAUUCUAUAGUUCAGGCUUCUGUACACUCCACCGCCUUGACAUGUCUACCAAUCCAGCAAAAUGGGUAGAGAUGAAGAAGCUGGACAAUUGGGCACUCUUCGUUGCAGCUGACAUUAGGACCCCACCAUUUUCCUGUGUUAACCCAGAACGGUGGGGAGGGAGAAGCAACUGCUUGUACUACACUCACCACUCUCAACCUUGGGGUGUACGAUGGUUGGGCAAUGAGCCGGAUCUUAUGAAGGAUCCAUCCGCCAGUCGGGACCUUGUGUUCGCAAGAAAUAUGUUUCGUUACCCACAGAACCUCUGGGUGUACCCCAGCAUGUUUUACUCUGCUGGGAAGUGAUUGUUGUCGUGGGCAACUACAACCUACUGAUGUACCGGUUUGUUCUGAAAAUUCUCCCCUUCUCAACAGGGGAAAACACUUUUGCGGCUUGAUACAGGAUGCUCAUCA